AAGACCCAUCAGUGUAGUAAGAGAAAGAAAAUAUUAAAGUCAUCAUUUUUUUUGAACAUGAGUUUUGUGAGAGUUUGUGUAUUUCAGAUGCGUGAAUUGUAGUGAAACCAAAACCAAAACCAAAACCAAACCCAUAUCUCAAUUUUCAAUCACAAUCAAUUCACGUAUCUCUUUGAUAUAUAGAUAAACUUUGAACACUUUGUCUUGUCACACUUAGUUUGCAGCAUCAGAAUAACAUCACUACAAUUAUACCCUUUUCUUUCAUCGUCACUUCCCUUCUUCCAUUAGUACUAUAUACUCUUCUCUCUUACUUCAGUUACUUCUUCUUCUGCUUAAAAGCUUCGUUAUUUUUUAGCUUUUUUUUUGUGUGUGUGUUUUUUUGUUUCUAUGGCUGAGGGUUUUGAGGGUUACCAUGUCCCACAACAAAGUAGAAGAGAUAAGCUAAGAGUUGUUGUGGCUCAGAACCAACAUGGUCUUGUUGAAACAUCUUCUACACUCCCUCUUAGUUGUGCAACUUUGCUUCCUUUGUAUGACCCUUCACUCAUUUCUUCUGAUUUGUUAACGUGUGCUAAUCAACAUGGUCACAGCUUCCUCAACAACCAAGCUUCGAAACAGAACUUGGGUAGUUGUGUUGUGAAAGAAGAAGGUUCAAAUUUGAUGAUGGGGUUUGGAGGGGUUAUGAAUGGUUCUUCUUCUUCUUCUUCUUCUAAUGUAUCUUCUGUUUCUCACCAUGGUUACUUGGAUCCAGAAUCUUCUUUGCCUUUGAACCCGAGUACAAUUCAAGUUAUUAGCAGCAGCAACAACAACAAUAACAACAACAACAACCCUUUUUUCUACCACACACAGAGCCUGCAGAACUUUCGAGAGUUUGAUCAGAGCUAUAAUGGUAGUGAAAUCAUGGUGUUCAAGCCUGAGCCAUUGUCUUUGUCUCUGUCAUCACAUAACAGUGCUUCACAACAGGGUAAUCUUCCUCUGGAGCUGAAUCUUCAGCGAUAUGGGUCUGUGAUUUAUGGUGAUAAGGUUAGUGGUGGUGGUGGUGGUGUGAUUCCGGGUUUGGUUGGAGGAGUUAGUGCUUCUGCCUCGAAUGAAGUUUCGAGGUGUUCAGUGCCACUGGGGCCAUUUACUUGUUAUGCUUCGAUAUUGAAGGGAUCGAGGUUCUUGAAGCCUGCACAACAAUUAUUGGAAGAGCUAUGUGAUGUUGGGGGUCGUGGAAUUUGUGUUGAGAAGAUGGUGGUUGAUGCAUCGUUGAUGGAGCCUCCUCCUGAGAGCUUAAGUGAAGAUCCACUUGGGGAUGAGGGUGAGGGUAUCAAAAAGUCAAGGCUAUUAACUAUGCUUGAUGAGGUUUACAGGAGGUACAGGCAAUACUAUCAACAGAUGCUUGCGGUAGUAACAUCAUUUGAGUAUGUCUCAGACCUGAGCAAUGCAGCUCCCUAUGCAAGUUUGGCUUUAAAAGCCAUGUCUAAACAUUUUAGAUGCUUGAAGAAUGCAAUUACUGACCAACUUCAGUUCACCAAUAAGGCUCAUUUUCACAUAAGCAACAGGAAGGAUGAAUCUCCAAGGUUUGGCAACAGUGAUAGAGGCCCUUACAACCAAAGGUCAGGGUUUUUUGAGCACCAACCUGUUUGGAGACCACAGAGAGGACUCCCUGAGCGUGCCGUGACUGUUCUCAGAGCAUGGUUGUUUGAGCACUUUCUGCACCCCUAUCCCACGGAUACCGACAAGCUAAUGUUGGCUAAACAAACUGGUCUAUCUCGUAGCCAGGUGUCUAAUUGGUUUAUUAAUGCUAGAGUAAGGCUCUGGAAACCAAUGGUGGAAGAAAUACACAUGCUAGAAACACGGCAAGUUCAAAAGAAUUCACAGAAGGAAGAACAUUGUAGGAACAAAUUAAGUGAUCAUUUACCUUCAGAUAGCUCUCUUGUUUCUGAGAAUCCAUCUACUUCCACAGAUAAAUUUCAGGAUACCCCUUUUAAGCGCGCUAUAAAUGAACUUCCUAAUAUACACGUUAGGAGUCAGGAACAACUGAAUCUGCCUUGCACAGGAAAUCAGCCAGUGGGUGUUGGAGUGAGCAUGGGUGGUGCAAGCAGUAGUGUGUCACUGACACUAGGCCUUUAUCAAAAUCAUGGGAUUGGUUUAGCUGAACCCUUUCCCUUGAGUGCUGCUCAGCGUUUUGGACUUGCACUUGAAAACAAUAAUGAAGGUUAUGUUAUGAGUGGUUUUGAAUCACAAAAUAGGCAUUUUGGAAGAGAUGUUAUUGGAGGACAACUAUUGCAUGACUUUGUAGGGUGAAAAUCUUCAACCUAAAAUAACUUGCAUGGACUUUGAUUUGAUUGGGGUGAUAUGUACUAACCAUGUUUCAUGUUGUGCUUUCUUUCAUGAACCAUCAGAAAUUAGGAAGAAAGAAGGGUGAUUAAAAUAUUACCCUUUUAUUGUGAUGCUAGUGUUACCUUCAUUUGAGCCCACACAUGUAUGAAGGCUGUAAAAUUAUUGCAUAAAUUCAUUUGAAGGGGAAAAAAAAUGUUGUGUCAUAGGCUGACUCAUUUAUCCGCAGGGAGUAAAUUCCAAUGUUCUGGCCUUUUGAGCAGUUUGUAAGUUUUUCAUUUUUAUGGAUUUCAAUUUGUAAUAGUUAUAUCUUGUACAACCAUGUUGUUCAAGUUAUAUUG